AAAACAAUAAUAAUAAAGAGUAGAAAAAUAUGGCAAAAGCAAAACCAUCUCCUCUGCUUCGUGCCCAUCAUCAGCAUUACCAUUUGCCCCCUCUCCCUCACAUUUCCCUUUCCGACAUACACACAACUGAAACAGCAAUGGAUCUUUCAGAGUUAGCAAAGAAGCUUUCGCUCUCUGACUCUAAACUUGUCGUCCGCAAAGCCGCCGAGCUCCGUCGCCUCUCCGAUGUUCUCUUUGAUUCCUCCAUCAUCGGAGUCGGAGAAGUUGCCAAAGCUCUCAUCUGCUUGGAAAUCGCCGCUACCAGACUCGGGGUUCUGUUCGAUCGAUCUUGUGCGGUGAGGCUCAGCGGCUUAUCAGAAAAGGCUUACAUCCGAUGCUACAAUUCACUCCACAACGGUCUUGGGGUCAAGAUGAAGCUAGAUGUAAGGGAAUUGGCGAUUCAGUUUGGAUGCGUUCGGAUUAUCCCUUUGGUUCGGGAGGGGCUCAAGCUUUACAAGGACCGGUUUACUGCUUCAUUGCCAGCGUCUCGUCGUGCAAGUGCUGACUUUACUCGUCCUGUGUUUACCGCCGUUGCUUUUUAUUUAUGUGCAAAGAAACACAUGCUUAAAGUUGAUAAGGUUAGGCUGAUUGAGCUUUGUGGUACAUCUGAAUCUGAAUUUUCUAAUGUUUCUACUACCAUGAAGGACUUGUGUCAUGAUGUUUUUGGGGUUGCUAAAGAGAAGAAGGAUCCGAGAGAAGUGAAGUCAAAUCGAGAACUGCUUGAUGUUUUACCUAGCAAAAGGAAACCUGAGGAUGGUGGUUAUUUGUCUGAUGAAGGUCCAGAGCUUUCAAGUUAUAAGAGACGCAAACAAAUGGAAAAGGGUGAAUAUGAGAAGUGGAAGUCUUCUGUGGUUGCAUCCAACAAGCAAAACAGAACUGAAGCACGUUGCAAGCGAACCAAGCAGACUCGCCUUGACUUUCUCAAGGAAUCCCCAGAGACCCAGGAGUUGGAGGCUGCGUGAGAUCACUGAGAUGUUAUUGUCUUGUUUUAUGGUGAUAGGUGAGAAGGUUCACUAUUGUUUGGGAACAGAUGAACAAAGGUGCCAUUAACUGAUUGCAACUCAAGACAAAGCUCUGGUUGAUUUUGCCAGUGUUUAUAAUUUUGUAGUGUUACUCUGCAAUUAUUCAAGGAUUAGUUGGCAAGAAUUCUGUACAGACUCGCAUUAAUAUUGUAUUUUUAUUGGUAUUUGGUUUCGAAAAA